GCUUUCAUUGACUCUCUCUCUCUCUCUCUCUCUCUCUGUCUAUAUACACUACUAUAUAUCCCAUACACAUUUUCCUCAAAGCAAACCAAACCCAUAACCAUUUUGAACCUCUCCAAGGAAAAGAAAGAAAAAAAAAGUUUCUCUUUUUUUUUCAUCUUUGUUUCUGUCAAAAACCUAACUAGUAAUUAGGUAUUUCAUAUUUCAACGUGAACAACAUGGGAAACUAUGUGUCAUGCACUUUGGCAGCUCCUCUCAUGAAGAACUCCAAGGCGGUUAGAGUGAUCUUCCCGGGCGGCGAGGUCCGGCAGUUCCGCGAGACCGUCAAGGCAGCGGAGCUCAUGCUGGAGCUUCCGAAUUUCUUCUUGGCUAACUCGGGGGCUCUACACAUUGGCCGGAGAUUCUCCGCGCUCUCGGCCGACGAGGAGCUCGAAUUUGGGAACGUCUACGUCAUGUUUCCGAUGAGGAGAGUGAAUUCAGUCAUCACCGCCGCCGACUUGGCGAUGUUCUUCAUGGCGGCCAACUCGGCGGCUAAGCGGAUUUCCGGAGGGAAGGUCAGGAUCUUGCCGGACUCCGGCGUCAGCAAUAAUACAAGAGAAUUGUCGACGGCCGUUGAUUUUGAUCAAGCUAAUUCGCGUGGUGAUCAUGAUCAAAGUGGUCAACGGGACGUUAAAGGGUCAACGUCGAGUUUGGAUGGAGUUCAUGAGGGUUUUGAGCUGGUUUUGCCGGAGUUCAAGUACAGAUUAGCUGCAUGCAGGUCCAGGAAGCCUAUGUUGGAGACCAUAAAAGAGGAGCCAAUUUAUUUGAGAUAGAGAUUUUUGUGUACUACUCUUAUGAUAUAAUCAAAGGGCAGCCAUUUUUCUUCUUCU